AUGUCGUUUAAUGAGCAGGAGGUGAGCACGCAGGGAGCGGCUCAAGUCCCGUCCACGCUGAGGGUGGAUGAUUACAGCAUCUACUUAGCCGACUUCAAAGCAAACAGGACGUGGGAGGGGCAUACGUGGGCACAGGCUGGUUUCCAGCCCUCUCUGCCCGCAAACAGCCCAGAGAAAUCAGUGCGAGUGUGGAGAUGUGAAGAUGGGAUGGAAUGCGAAGGGGUCAGAGUCCCCUACCAGGCUGCCCACGUCUACAGCUGUGUUUCAGACUUCUCUGGGGACCUCUGCAGCGAAAACCCAACCGGGCAGGGCAGUCUUCAGGUGGAUUUUAGAACUGAACACACUUGGGAUGUUUCUCCAGUGAAGCAUGAGCCAGUGCUUGUCAGGCUGAAUCCAGGUGAUGGAGGAGUAAUGAUGGAAGUUCAUGCUCCGCAUGCUCCGUUUUUCAAUGAUCCCCCAGCCCCAGUUGGAGAACCAGGAAAGCCUUUCAAUGAACUGUGGGGUUAUGAAGUUGUGGAAGCAUUUUUCUUGAAUGAUGUAACUGAGCAGUAUUUAGAAGUUGAACUUUGUCCCCAUGGACAGCAUUUAUUGCUUUUACUCUGUGGAAGAAGAAAUGUAUGGAAACAAGAACUUGAUUUGUCAUUCAAAGUGUCCAAAGGAGACACAAAAUGGGAAGGCAAAGCUUAUCUUCCAUGGAAUUAUUUUCCACCAAAUGUGACAAAAUUCAAUUCAUAUGCAAUUCAUGGAUCAAAAGAUAAUAGAAGUUGUGAAGCCCUCUACCCUGUAUCACAGCAUGAACUGCAACAAGGACAAAAACCUGAUUUCCAUUGUCUGGAAUAUUUCAAGCCCUUCAGCUUUAACACGCUGCUUGGAGAAGAAUGGAAACAACCAGAAUCAGAUCUGUGGCUAAUAGAGAAAUAUGAUUCAUAG